AUGCAUUCCCAUCUCCAUACAGCAGAAAAUAUCAACUGCGAAGAAAUCAUGAAUGCCCUAGACGAAUGCCACGCUCGCGGAUUCCUCUGGAAGGCCAUGGGCCAAUGCAACGACAUCAAACGCGACGUAAACCACUGCCUCAGCGCCGAACGGGCAAAGCGCGCCAAACAGAAUCGUGACCAGGCUAUGGAGAGGAGAGCCCGGGUUGAGAAGCUUUGGGCUGAGGAGAGAUUGCGGGAGUCGGGCGAGACGCUGCAGAAGCAAUAG